GAAAUAUUGCAAGGUAACAGUGUUUCCUCGAGUUGAAUUGGUGGAAAUCAGUUUUUAAAUUGCACGGUGACGAGAAAUCCUGUGGCUGCUCUUAUUUCUUUGCAACAGUACAAUAUGCAUGACUCGUUGACGAUGGUGCUUUGGUAAACCUCUCCGACCCAAACUCAUGCACACCUGAAUCAACAUGCACGAUCGAAUGGAUAAGCAUUCGAAUAUUCACUACACCGUAUACCACCACAUUGGGAUCAAACCAGCGACAAAAUGUGAUUGGGAUCACACCCAUACAGAGUAUUUCACUUGGAAAACACAUGAUAUUUACUUGAGGUCUGAUGUGAAGCCACCCAUGGAAAUUAUCAGUACGGACAUGAAGCCAGAAGUAGAUAUGCCAUCACAAAAAACAGGAAAGCAACUAAACAAUCCACCAGAACCCCCACUUCAAGCCCCACCUAAAGAGCCAAGUCAAGCCCCACCUCAGUCCCCAUCUCAAGCUCCACCUGAAGCCCCACCUAAAGCUCCACUUAAAGGUCCACCUAAAGCGCAAGGAACUAAGCCAAACCAUGGAUUGGAAUUAGACAGAUAACAUAGAAAAACCUUAGAUAACAAAUAAUAAUAUUUAAUGGAAAUUACUAAGUCAAAAUUUUUGUGCAUCUUAUACACACUUCCACAAAACUUCCAAUUUCAUUUAAGUUCUUUUUCCAACAUUUUAU